CAUGCGAGUACGUGGCAAGCGAUGCCUGAGAGUGGGAAUGAAAUUUCCAAAUCUCCAUAGAGACGAGGGAAGCAACGACUACGUACUACUAAAACUAAGGUUGUGAACCUAACCUAGGUGAACCUAACCUUACCUUGCCUUCCGUCCCAGAGGGAUGGAUGGAUGGAGGGAUCUUCGGAGUUCAAGGUUCACGGCUAAACCCUGUUCUUGACUUACGUGGUGACUUGGUAGCUACUAGCUACUGGCUACCUUCAGGCAAAAGCAGAGAUAGGAGACUUAUUCAAUGUGCCUUGCUGCGAGAUGGAGACUUGGAUUGGAGGUAUUCUGGGUGUUUCUGAUGUACUCCGUACUUUGCUUACUUUGCUUUACUUUGCUCUAUUUGAUCCCCCCUGGGCGAUCUUUGGUCAGAUUGGAAAGUGGAUAAGUUGGAUGGAGAAGCUGAUGUUAAGCUCCAUGAGGACUGAGUGUGUGAGUGAUAGGUCAAGCAGAAUAGAAUUCUCUCAGAGGGCAGGGAAGGAGACACAGAGGAAUGGAAUGUAGGGGAUAAAUGCAUGCCAACAAAACAGAUAAGACGACAACAGAGUAAGUACGGAGUACGUAUCAGCCGGUUGCUUCAUCGAUUGAGACAUAAUAAAUCCAAUACUGCAUCCAUAUAUCAUUUAUCUAAUCUAGGAUCAUCAUCAUAGUGCAGCUGACAACUCUACUCCGGUCUCAAUCAGUAGUUCCAAUAAAUGGUGAAACAGCCGUGUGGUACGACGUCCAUUCCGGAUGCUCUUCCAUAUUAAACGAAAUAAAAUUCGAGGGAGAAAAAGAAAUGCUGGAUGACAUACUCCUCCGUGAUCAAAACAAAAGCCUGUAAAAGCCAACCAACAAGAGCAUUCAGAAACCCUGCAAAAGCCAAGGGCCAGAAUCACCCUUACGUCCUACAUAAUCCCAGGUACUCCAACCAAAGGCUGACCACUGUGCAUUGCAAAUCUCCCCCAAGUCCUCCUCAACGGGCGAAGGAAUCUGAUAUCCAUGUAUCCGCGUAGACCCUUGCAUCCGUGAGCAGGGUUUGGGAGUCGCGGCGAAUUUAGGCCCCACUGGUUGCUGACC